UUUGCCCGCGGAGCAGGAAGCGGCUGCCGGCGCCGGGCGGAGCGGGCGCGCUGCAGGUUUGUGCUGCCGUGCCUGGCAUGGGCGUGCGGAGAGCGCUUCGCUUCUGACAGCGCUUUGGGAGCACGAGAAGCUGAAAGCAUGGAGCUCCGCACUAGGAUGAGUCCCGUAACCUCCACAGCUUGGUACAGCCAUGGGAGGAAUACAGAGCUGAGUGGUCGGAAGAGAAAAUAAGUAGCCAAGAAGGAUUCCUGGUUGCUGAACCUGACUUAACUGCCCGGAUGGACCAAGGAGAAGAACAAGAUCAUGAGGUCUUGAAGGAGACACAAAUGGGUGGUGAGCUAGGUCCCUUUCCAGACCGCCUUGGGAGUGCGGAUCUGCAGGACGUGUUGGCAGCGGGGUCCAUAAGAAGAGAGGAACAACUAGGGGACAGCCGUGAAAGUCAGCGCGAUUCCUCAGAGGCUCUGCAGGGUGGCUGUGAGGAGGAAGAGGAGGCGAAGCUGCCUUGCUCUGCUAUCAGCCUGGUGAAAAGACAGGAAAGAAGGGUGGCAGCAGCCUCACGGCGAGCCCCUCGUGCAGAGCGGCCCACCAUCUGCUCUGAGUGCGGCAAGGGCUUCAGUCGGAGCAUCCACCUCAUCCAGCACCAGCGAAUGCACACUGGGGAGCGCCCCUUCCUCUGCGGGGAGUGCGGCAAGGGCUUCAGCCAGAGCUCCCAUCUCGUCCAGCACCGGCGGGUCCACACGGGCCAGAAACCCUACACCUGCGCCGAGUGUGGGAAGAGCUUCAGCCAGAGCUCCAACCUCCUCAAGCACCAGCGCAUCCACACCGGGCUCAAACCCUACGUGUGCAGCGAGUGCGGGAAGAUCUUCAGCGACAGCUCCACCUGCAUCAAACACCAGCGUAUGCACACAGGCGAGCGGCCCUACAAGUGCCCGGCCUGCGGGAAAAGCUUCAGCCAACACUCCCACCUCCUUCAGCACCAGCGAGCCCAUGACGGCGUCCGGCCUUACGCCUGUGGGCAGUGUGGCAAACGUUUUGGGCAGAGCUCUGACCUCAUUAACCACGCUCGCACCCACACCGGCGAGAAGCCUUACAAAUGCAGCCAGUGCGGCCGGGGCUUCAGUGGCAACUCCAACCUCAUCAAGCAUACCCGCAUCCACACCGGGGAGCAGCCGUACCGCUGCGCCCAGUGUGGGGCAAGCUUUCGGUUCCAGCCCCAGCUGGUGCGCCACCAGAAGCACCACACGGAGUAGAUGGUGGAGGGGGGGCGGCCACCUGGGCCAUAGGCAGCUUCCCUGCUGUUGGGAGGACACACAGCUGCUCCCUGGACACCUCGUACGGGGCGUGAGUUUUGGGGGAGGGAGCCCUCAGAGCCUGUCCCCUUUUCUUCUGGGUAAAUCUGUUUGUGAGCACUGCCCAGACACUUG